AUGGAAAACCCCCGUUGCUUUGCACACCGUUUUGCCGAAUACAAAGGUGUGUUUCUUGUAGGUCAAGGCGUCGAAUCGGUGGUACAGAAACUGGGGAUAGAGGUGAGAGCCUGAGGGAAAAGGGAAAAGGGAAAAGACCAAUGACUAAAAUAAAAAAUGAUUAGCCCUACUGACCAGGAGAAAUAUGACCUGAAAAAUAAUGUACUGGCUCUCUUGGCUCCAUAUUACCUGGUCUCAAACGUUACUUAAAUGAAAUAACACUUUUCAAAUCUAAUUUGACAGAUUCAUAGCAAGGAUCAGAUCCAGGCCAUUUGCCAGGCUAUCAUAGAGUCUGGUAAACAGUAUGCCAAGAGGAAGAGUAUCUGGGUAAGUAGGCCUACAUGUCUAGCCUACUUGGUUGAUUGGCAGGAGGGGGGAUGCUAAUGAGUUUAUAUUGUCCCGAGGGCCUUAAAUGACCUCUUUGUCAUUUGUGUGAUGCCUUAGCUCUUAUCUGAAAGGACUAGAUAGGUGAAAGCCUGGUAGCAGCCACAAUACCCAGCCCAGGUCUUCACACAUAUCUUUCACUUAUCCUGUCCUCUCUCUGUGAUCUUGGGUCAGAAAGGUGAUAAGGAAACAAGGAGACACAAAAAGAAACCACUGGUGACUAUGUUUGAAACUAACUUUGCUCAUCCUUGAUAUUACCAGACGAAGGAGGCCAUCAGAGUUGAAGACCAUCAGUAGCACUCACAAAACCCAUAGUAAGUAGCAUAGGCUACAUGGCUAUAUGCAUGGAUGCAAAAUGAAGUGAAACUUUGAGGAAGUGAAAGCAAAAUAAACAUUCCCUAAGAACACACACACUGCACACAAUUAGGUGGACUUUGCAUGCCUCUCCAACAGUUAGCUUUAAGAUUUGUCUGGUUCUCCAUGGUUUAGAAGAACACAGUACCCAGACCUGGGUGCUGUGUUCUGUUGAGGCAGUGGGUCUGGGUACUGUGUUCUAUUGAGGCGGUGGGUUCAGGUAUGGGUACUGUGUUCUGCUGAGGCAGUGGGUCUGGUUACCCACCACCUCAACAGAACACAGUACCCAGACCUACUGCCUCAACAGAACAUAGUACCCAGACCUACCGCGUCAACAGAACACAGUACCCAGACCUACCGCCUCAACAGAACACAGUACCCAGACCUACCGCCUCAACAGAACACAGUACCCAUACCUGAACCCACCGCCUCAAUAGAACACAGUACCCAUACCCACCACCUCAACAGACCACAGUACCCAGACCCAGACCCAGACCUACUGCCUCAACAGAACACAGUACCCAGACCCACUGCCUCAACAGAACACAGUACCCAGACCUGAAUCCACCGCCUCAAUAGAACACAGGUGUUCCAUGUGUCCAGCAUUUGACCACAAGAGUCACAGAGAGCAUUCUCUGAUGGAAUCAGAGAGGCUGUCUUUUUGAAUGAAUGCUGGCUAUUGAAUCGUGCCGUUUGUUUGUAUGUGCUGCUUGCGUGUGUGUGUGUGUGGUGUGUGUGUGUGUGUGUGCACCUGUGUUUCUCUCCCCAGGUGCGGCCCAUGGCCUGUCGUCGGUGCUGCAGAUGCUGCUGUGUUACCAGGAGGUGCUGAGUGGAGCGGACAGGGAUCUGGUCUGGCAGAGUGUGGACUUCCUCAUGAACCAGGAGCAGAACUGUAACUGUUCGGCCAAGCUGGGAGCCAUGACAGAGAGAGAGAAUGAGCUGGUGCACUGGUGCCAUGGAGCCCCAGGUACACUUUCAAUCCGGCUCUUAAUUGAUUGAUGUACUGAUUUAGAUAAUAUAGAUAAAAUAAAAGGUAAGUCGUUUCCCAGGUCUCCAAUGUAAUUGAUGCUCAUGCCUCUUCCCAGGUGUAGCCUACCUCUUUGCCAAAGCCUACCUGAUCAAUAGGAAGCCCCAGUACCUGGACACAUGCAUCCGCAGUGGGGAGCUGGUGUGGCAGAAGGGCCUGCUGAAGAAAGGUCCAGGGAUCUGCCAUGGGGUGGCAGGCAGCGCCUACUUCUUCAUGUUACUGUACCGCCUCACAGGGAACUCCAAAUACAUCUACCGUGCUCAGAGGCAUGGAGGCUCAGUUGGACAAAUCAUUGAGAUGCAAACCUCUGUCCUGCCUCACCCUCACCAAAGAUACUGUAUAUAAUGACGAGAUGGUCUUGUCUCCGCCCUAACAAUGGGAGUCGUUGUCCCAAAGGUGGGUCUGCUUAGUAAGCCCAAUGAGCCCAUAGAAACACAUUGAAUAACGCUGCGUGGACAGAUUUUGAUGGUAGUGGACCCACUCACUUCGCCUCUUCCUCUGCCUCUCUGCCCUGACACAGGUCUCCUCUUUUCUCCCAACAGGUUUGUAGAGUUCCUGUUCACGGAGUAGUUCAAGGCGGGCUCCUGCUCAGUCACCAGUGUUUACAGUCUGUUCAAGGGCCUGUCUGGAACCGUUUGCUUCCUGGUUGACCUCCUUCAGCCUGACCAGUCAGAGUUCCCACUCUUCAGUGUGUUUGUGUGA